GAUUCGAGGGCUCCCGUGAGGCCGUGGCAGACAUUGCCCGUGAUUUCAGCAAUAUCGUCAUUAUAUUUUGAGUUGAGGCUGCAACAGUGGACUCCGGCAGCGGGCAAAGAGUUUGAACGGUGAUAUUCAGCAGCAACCAAUGUGGGGAAGUGCAGAAGGGGGGCCUCCGGAGGUCACUCUUGAGACCUCCAUGGGCUCUUUCACUGUCGAGCUAUACUAUAAGCACGCGCCAAGAACUUGCAGAAACUUCAUCGAGCUCUCUCGAAGAGGUUACUACGACAACAUCAAGUUUCACAGAAUUAUUAAGGAUUUUAUAGUGCAAGGUGGAGAUCCUACAGGGACAGGGAAGGGCGGAGAAUCGAUAUAUGGUUCCAAGUUUGAGGAUGAGAUAAAGCCUGAUUUAAAGCAUACUGGAGCAGGAAUAUUAUCCAUGGCAAAUGCUGGUCCAAACACCAAUGGUAGCCAAUUCUUUAUCACUUUGGCGCCAGCUCAAUCACUUGAUGGAAAACACACAAUAUUUGGAAGAGUGUGUAGAGGGAUGGAAAUCAUCAAAAGACUUGGUAGUGUUCAAACUGAUAAUAAUGACAGACCUAUUCAUGAUGUGAAGAUAUUGCGGACCACAGUCAAAGAUUGAUGUACUACUAUUUGGGACGAGGCCAAAGGUUGAUGGGCCAAUGUUACUAUCUAGUGAGGAAUGCUUCUGAAUCAUGUUCUUAUAUAAAAUGUUCAUUAACAUUGUAUGGGUCGUUCCUUUAAUUCUCGGGAUAGAGACUCCAUUCAGAAAUGAACUGUGAUGGAUCUACCAAUGGCAGGUUGCUUGUGUUAGUGUAAAAUGACGCACUGUUGACUAUCAAUAUCUAUAUUAUUUGAAUGUGAUUUCUCUUGAGUUGAAAUA